UUUUGUCUUUAAAGCAUAUUUUUUAAUGGUUUAAUAGUUCAAAUGCAAAAGUAUUACAUGUUAGUAUAACAAACCACACAAUACAGAAUGCAUAAAUAAAAAGUGAAUUCAACAUUACCCCCACCAAAUUCCCCAGAAUAACUAUCUUUUACUUGGUUGGCAUGCAUUAUUUUCUACAUGUAGGUGUAGUUGUGCACACGAUAUUUAUUUUUUACAAAAGUGAUAUUAUAUCAUAUUGAUCUACAUUGUUUUCUGUCAGUACAUACAGAUUGACCCUUUUCAAUGUGGCUGCAGAGUAUUCUAUGUAUGAAUGUACCAUGAUUAGUUUAGCAGUGCUUCAGUGAUAUACAUUUAAAUUUUUCUGUUUUGCUUUUGCCUUUACAAAAUGUUAUGUAAGUAUUCUUUUCUACUUUUUUUCCUAAUAGAAACCCUUUAUCAAAUUAAGAAAGUUUUCUAUUUCAGGCUCAGAGCUUUUUUUUAAGAAAAAUCAGGAAUGGAUUUUAAUUUUACUAUACCUUUAAAGAAUACUUGCAUUUUAGAAAUGAGUAUGUGUAAGAUUGACAUUGAGGAGAGGAGAGACUGGUAGCAGGAGACAGAUAUAACAGCCUCUCAGAUGUAGGGUGAGGAAGGUUGGAACUAAGGCAAUGACUGGAGAGGUGUUUUGGUGACUUAUUUGAUAUGUGGAGAAAUUGGGAGGAGGGAGUAUGUAUGGAGAUAAGUCUGGCAGGCUCUUUGGUGCUAUCUCUAGAGCACUCAUUAGAUGGCUUUGAGUCUUUUGUAGCAUAUAAGAUCUUUGAAGUAUCCCGGGCUGGGAUUUCCUGGAAGAAGGCAAUGAAAGAAGUUUAAGUGAGGCCCUGUUAGAAGUGGGCCCAGACCUAAGGGUAGUCAUGAAAGUGCAGUGAGUCAUAGGGAGGUAGGGAAAGGCCUUAACCUGCUAGCUUAGAAUCCCCCUCAGACAUGUAUUUGCUUCCAGGUUCAAGUUUGGAUAGUCAGUCGUUUGUGAUGGUGCCCCCCAGUGAUGAUGUGGUGACUAAUCUGGAAACUUUGACAAGCAAAUGCCUCCAUGGAAAGAACUAUUGCCGGCAGGUCCUCUGUCUGUAUGAACUUGCCAAGGAGUUAGGCUGUUCCUACACAGAUGUUGCUGCCCAGGAUGGUGAGGCCAUGCUCCGGGCAAUCUUGGCCUCUCAGCAGCCUGACCGAUGCAAACGAGCACAGGCCUUCAUCAGCACCCAGGGCCUGAAGCCAGAUACUGUGGCCGAACUCGUGGCUGAAGAGGUGACACGGGAGCUGCUGACUCCAUCAGAGGGAACAGGACAUAAGCAGACGUUCAGCCCAACAGAAGAAAGCCAGACAUUUCUUCAGCUGACCACUCUCUGUCAAGACCGCACAUUGGUAGGCAUGAAGUUGUUGGAUAAGAUUUCCUCCGUUCCCCGUGGGGAAUUGUCUUGCACCACAGAGCUCUUGAUCCUGGCCCAUCACUGCUUCACCCUGACAUGCCACAUGGAGGGUAUCAUCCAAGUCCUGCAGGCUGCCCGGAUGCUCACAGAUAACCACUUGGCUCCCAGUGAGGAGUAUGGACUGGUGGUACGUCUCCUCACUGGCAUUGGAAGGUACAACGAGAUGACAUACAUAUUUGAUUUGCUGUAUAAAAAGCACUACUUUGAAGUGCUGAUGAGGAAGAAGUUGGAUCCGAGUGGUACCCUGAAGACAGCCCUGCUGGACUACAUCAAACGCUGCCAUCCUGGAGACAGUGAGAAGCACAACAUGAUUGCCCUGUGCUUCAGCAUGUGCCGGGAGAUAGGAGAGAACCAUGAGGCAGCUGCCUGCAUCCAGUUGAAAUUGAUUGAGUCUCAGCCUUGGGAGGACAAUCUCAAGGAUGGGCACCAGCUGAAGCAGCUACUGCUGAAGGCCCUGACUCUGAUGCUGGAUGCAGCAGAGAGUUAUGCCAAGGACUCCUGUGUGCGACAGGCCCUGCACUGUCACCGGCUCACCAAGUUGAUAACACUACAGAUUCACUUUCUAAACACUGGCCAGAACACAAUGCUCAUCAACUUGGGCCGCCACAGGCUGAUGGACUGCAUCAUGGCCUUAUCUCGGUUCUACCAGGCUUCUAUUGUCGCUGAGGCCUAUGACUUUGUUCCAGAUUGGGCUGAAAUCCUAUACCAACAAGUGAUUCUUAAAGGUGACUUUAAUUACUUGGAAGAAUUUAAGCAGCAAAGGUUAUUAAGAUCCAGCAUAUUUGAAGAGAUUUCAAAAAAAUAUAAACAACAUCAGCCUACUGACGUGGUCACGGAAAACCUGAAGAAGUUACUCACAUAUUGUGAAGAUGUCUACCUAUAUUACAAGUUGGCAUAUGAACACAAAUUUUAUGAAAUUGUAAGUGUGCUUCUGAAGGACCCUCAGACAGGUUGCUGUCUAAAGGACAUGCUGUCAAGCUAGAUGAUUUUCAUAGGUGCCUCUUUUCUUGUACUAAUAUGAGGUUCUGACUGAUGUCCCCAGUCAGAGUAGAACAAUGCAUUGGGAAUAUAUGUUGUCCAAGUUUAAAAAAAAAAAAAAAAUGCCUAAGACUGUACUGGAUCAGUCCUUUGUGGGUGGUGGGUAAAGAAUGAGAGAUUUUUCACAAGAAAAUUCCUAUUUAAAAGUGAUUGUUCUUCUAUACCAUUUUAUGUGGAUACUCGUAUUAAGAGCAAAAGCUUCCUCUUCCUCUGAUGGCUUCUACAUUAGGAGAUGAUACAAUAACAAUUAAAGAAUACCUGUGUCUGCAGAUUCCAGUUUCAAAGAAAUUUAAUAUUAUUUGCACAAUUAAGAAACAGGUGAUACAUUUUAAUUUGUUAGAAACUGGUCUUUUGAUAAUAAAAUAGAUUUUAAAUUCA